GUUUUAAUCAACGCGCUCUUGACGGCGGCCACACAGACAGGGGAUUCGCUGUCAAGAGGGUGGAUGCCUGAAGCUGGAAAUGACCUAGAGGCCUUACAGAUACAUUUGUGCUUGUGUCGCUCCAAUCUGCAUCCGUGGAGAACAGCGAGUUCUGGAAGCAUACUUGUUUCCCCAGUGAGUAAUAUCUACCUCAGCCAGACGACGGGGGGGAGGAAGACCAGGAAGCUGCUGGAUACUUCAGACAGGCAGACGGAGCUGUCAGCUGGCCACUCGCUCACUGCCUGCACAGUCCUGCUCCUUGAAGAGGAUUUGAGACGGACUGGAUCUGUCUGCCCUUCGCCUCUCACUGCUCCUCUACCAGCCGGUGCACAAGCAAAGCCGAAGCCACAUCCUCCGGUUCCUGCAUUGACUCACUUUUUGUUUUGUUUUUCCUUUUGUUUUUUUUUAUUAGUUAUUUUCCCUCAGUGCUGUUGACCAGUGUCUAAUUUUCCUUGGGUUUAUUUUUCAUUUUUGGUUUCAGCUUUUAAAAGAAUUUUCUAUUUUUAUUAGUGUAGACUGGUAUAGGUUUAAAUACGUACAAAUACAUGUGCUCUAUAUACUGUAUGAAGACAGAUUCUUUUCCCCAUUCUGACGGAAAGUUAGUGCUUUAAAACUUGGCUGUAAUACUUCAUGUAAUUAAGUGUUUUUGACUUUCCUUCCAUAUUAUGAUAUUUCUGUUUUUCAAGCACGGCCUGACGUAUCUGCAGCCGGGCUGCAUAUAAGAAUUUCGCUCAGCCUGCCAAUCUUUCGCGAUCGCCCGCCGACCUCGCCCCUCUCUGUGCUGUCUCCCCACAGGACAAACUGAGAUGAGCUUCUGGCAGGUGGAAGCCUUAGGCUGUCUUUUUACGUAACUUGAACAGUUUCUGGAUUGUUUGGUUUUGGGCUUUUUGUAAAAAGGACAAGAGCACUUGCGGGGAAAAACAAAGUAAAAACAGGAGCUUCCGGUGCUGUUGCACCACUUAUGUAUUGUUGUAGUGCGCAGGAAAGUAAAAUGGACUACAAGCGUCGCUUUUUGCUCGGCGGGUCCAAGCAGAAAGUGCAACAGCACCAGCAGUACCAAAUGCCCGAGCUUAGUCGGACCCUGAGCGCCUCCCUGGCCUCCUCUUGUUCGGCCUCUUCGCCCAUGGGCACCGGUGUGGGCAUGCCCGGCAGUUGCCACCCUCCUUCUUCUGCUGCCACCACUGCGGUCGCAGACAUCCAGCAAGGCAUCUCUAAAUAUUUAGAUGCCCUCAACGUGUUCUGCCGGGCCAGCGCCUUCCUCACAGACCUGUUCAGCAGUGUGUUCAGGAACUCUCACUAUUCCAAAGCAGCUAUGCAACUGAAGGACGUGCAGGAACACGUCAUGGAGGCGGCCAGCAGGCUGACUGCAGCAAUAAAGCCUGAGAUUGCCAAGAUGCUGAUGGAGCUGAGCGCCGGUGCCGCCAAUUUCAAAGACCAGAACGACUUCAGCCUGCAGGAUGUCGAGGUCCUGGGUCGGUGCUUCCUCACUGUGAUGCAGGUCCACUUCCAGUUUCUAUCACAGGCUUUGCAGAAGGUCCAACCUGUGGCCCAGUCCUGCCUGGCGGAAGCUCUUGCCCAGGCCCAGGAGCGUUGUGCCAAUGCCCGCUCCCAGAGCUCUGUCCUCGGCCCCCUCACGGAGCUGGAGGAAGCCUCCCGCUCAUGGAAAGGUGCAGCUGAGGCUACGGCGAGGCUGAGAGAGAGGGGCCGGGACGGCUGCCUGGCAGGCAUCCAGGUUCAGCAGCUCUUCUGCUCCAACAACACCACCAUCCCUGAGCACCAGCUGAAGGAGCUCAACAUGAAGAUUGACAAUGCUUUACAGGCCUACAAAGCAGCGCUAGAGAGCAUGGGCCAUAGUGAAUAUGCACUGAAGGCUGGCUUUCAUCUUAACCCCAAAGCUGUGGAGGGAGCCUUACAGGGCUGCUGCAGCGAGGCGGAGGCCCAGCAGGCAGGGAGGAUGCAGACCACCUCCCAGCCUAUCCAGUGUGAGCUGCCCACCAUCCCUGUGCAGAUCGGCUCACAUUUUCUCAAAGGAGUGUCCUACAACGAGUCGGCGGCUGAAAACCUCAAACUGAAAACGCACACGAUGCUGCAGCUCAUUAAGGAUGCGAUCGGGCAGAACGGAGUGACCCCCAGGGACGACUCCCCUGUCACCGAGGUCCUCAACCAUGUCUGCCCAUCCAGUUGGAGAGGAGCCUGCAAGACAGCCGUCCAGCUGUUGUUCGCCCAGGCUGGUCUGGUGGUUGUUGACACAGCUCAGAUUGAGAACAAGGAGGCCUAUGCUCCCCAGAUCACUCUGGAGGGAUCCAGGGUGGUGGUCCAAGUCCCUUCUACAUGGUGUUUGAAGGAGGACCCAGCCACCAUGUCCCUGCUCCAGCGGAGCUUGGACCCAGAGAAGACGCUCGGUCAUGUAGACAUGCUCUACACAGCUGUGUUCGACAUCAACAGGUGGAAGGAGAGAAAAGAGCAGGCCUUGCCCACUAUUCAGAUGCAGCUGCAGCGGGAAAUUCCAGACUACGUCGGCCAUGUGGACCUUCCUCCCGGCACCAGCUCAAAGGCCUCCAGCGGACUGCCCAAAACAAUAUCCAAGCUGACUUCCAAGUUCACUAAGAAGGUCUCAUCCAGCUCCAACAGUGGAGGCAGUUACUCCAUCCCGAGCACCCCGUCUCGCAGCAUGCUGACAACCAGUAGCUCUGAGGAUAAGGCCAAGAGCCUUGGGCAUGGUGACGGGAGGCUACAGAGUAUCCUGCAAAUGGGGAGCCUGUCCUGCACCCCUGACGCGACACAGCAGGGCCAGCUGGCCAACGGCUCCGUGUCCGACGACCAGGGGAUGAACUUGCCGACCGACCAAGAGAUGCAGGAUGUCAUCGACUUUCUCUCAGGAUUCAACAUGGGCAAAUCUCAGCAGGCCUCGCCCCUGGUAAAGAGGAGGAACUCUGUGGCGUCUGCGAAUCCCGCCGAGCUGAAGCCGCCGAGUGGACCUCCACCAACAUCCCAGUCUGUCUCUCACGGUGCCCUACAGCCCCCAGCUCAGACGAUGCCUCAGCCUCCAGCAGUGCAGAAGCAGCAGCAACCACAGCCACCUCCCCCGCAGCAACAACAACCCCAGCAGCAGCAGCCCCCUCCUCCUCCGCCCCAGCAGCCCUCUCCGCAGGCCCUGCAGUACUACCAGCACCUCCUGCAGCCCAUCAGUCAGCAGCAGCCCCCUCCUCCUCAGCUUCCUCCUCAGCAGACCCCACCGCAGGUCCUGCCGCAGCAGAGGGUGGCAAGCAAAUGGCUCGGCACAUCGGGGCAACAACCUCCACCGCAAGGCCCCCCAGCAGGGCUGUCCCCUCUGGGUCCCAUCGGGCAGUGGGGGUCCCCUGGACUGCCAGACCUGAGCUCAGACUUGUACAGUCUGGGUCUGGUCAGCACCUACAUGGACAGCGUCAUGUCCGAGAUGCUCGGUCAGAAGCCGCAGGGGCCACGCAACAACACGUGGCCCAACAGGGACCAGAGCGAGGGCGUGUUCGGGGUCCUGGGAGACACGCUGCCAUUUGACCCAGCAGUCGGCUCUGAUCCAGAGUUUGCGCGUUACGUCGCCGGCGUCAGUCAGGCCAUGCAGCAGAAGCGGCAGGUGCAGCACAUCCGUCGCCCCAGCAACACGCGCAGCAACUGGCCAAUGCCCGAUGAGCAGCACAGGACCUGGUCCCACCCGGAGUAUUACAGCGAGGGCGAGGCGGUGAACAGCAGCUGGUCAGCCAAUCAGGGGGACUCGGCCAGCUCCAGCGAUGAGACGUCCUCGGCCAACGGAGACAGUCUGUUCUCCAUGUUCUCCGGGCCAGACCUUGUAGCGGCAGUUAAACAAAGGAGAAAACACAGCUGUGGUGAGCCGGAGGUGUGCACCCUGCCCUCACCACCACUCCAUCACAUGGGUGAUGACAGCCAGGACAGCAAAACGAAAACCUGGCCCCCCAAAGCACCGUGGCAGCACUCGGUCCACACCAAUACCAACACCAUGCCCAAUCCAAGCUCUUCCUUGUACCAGAUGAACAUCCCUCCCUCCUCCCAGUGGAGCGACUCCAUGCAGAUGCUGCAGUCUCCCGUGUGGUCCACUGCCAGCGACUGCUCCCCCUCCACUGGCAUCACCUCUGGAUUUCCCUUCACCCAGCAACAGCAGCAGCAGCAGCAGCAGCAGCAACAACAACAACAACAGCAACAGCAGCAGCAGCAACAACACAAACCCAUGACCAAGGGCUUUAAAUCCUUCCCCCUCAAACAUGAGCACAGGCCCUCCUACCUUCACCAGUACUGACCAAUCCAUAACGUCGAACGAGUUCAUGGUGAAGUGCAGCGGAGGACCUGCCGCUCCUGUCGAGUGGGCCGAGCUGCUGCCUUUUACAGUCUGCACCCACUGAAUUGGAAGAUUUCAAAGCCUCAGAGGCAAAAAUGAAGUACACACACUGGCUCGACACUUUUGUAUCGAUAUUUUUCCACAUCAAACAUACCCAUUUGGAAAAAAAAAGAAAAAAGACACAUUUUGAAGUGAUUUCCCGACUGCCAUGUUUUAAC